GUGGCGCUUUAUUCUUGCACUAAAAAGCGUUACAGAUAUUGCAGCGUCUUCAGCAUCAGUACAAACAAACAGUCUCGCUGUGGAACAGCUGCGAAAUUAUAUUUUCUCAACUGAUUUGGCUCACUAUAAACAGGUACGCUGGAAUAUUCAGAGACCCUCUCGGACAUGUCCUAUGUCUUCAUCAAUGACACGUCGCAGACGAGUGUGCCAUUACUGCAGGCAUGCAUUGAUGGAGACCUAGCAUUCGCCAGACGACUCCUGGAGACGGGCUGUGAUCCUAACAUCCGAGACAAUCGGGGUCGCACCGGCCUACACCUAGCAGCAGCACGAGGCAAUGUGGAGAUCUGUCGCUUUCUUCACAAAUUUGGAGCAGAUCUUUUAGCCACCGAUUAUCAAGGAAACACGGCUCUGCAUCUGUGUGGACAUGUUGACACUAUUCAGUUUCUGGUCUCCAAUGGCCUUAAGAUAGACAUCUGUAAUCAUAAUGGCUCGACUCCUCUGGUAUUGGCCAAGCGGCGAGGUGUGAAUAAAGAUGCUAUUCGGCUUCUGGAGGGUCUGGAGGAGCAGGAGGUGAAGGGUUUCAACAGAGGCACUCAUUCCAAACUAGAGACCAUGCAGAUGGCAGAGAGUGAGAGUGCAAUGGAGAGCCACUCACUGCUGAACCCCAACCUGCAAAACAGUGAGGGUGUACUGUCCAGUUUCCGCUCCACCUGGCAGGAGUUUGUGGAGGAUCUGGGUUUCUGGAGGGUUCUCCUGCUGUUAGUGAUCAUCGCCCUGCUCUCUCUGGGUAUUGCUUACUAUGUGAGUGGGGUCUUGCCCUUCUCUGCCAGCCAGCUGGAGCUGGUUCACUGAAAACAACAAAUGCACCCGGUUUCAAAUUUAGUCUCAGAUCCAACCAAGCUGUGUUUUAUACGAUUUAAUGCUUUUCUUCAUACAAAUUAGCUCUUAAGUUACUCAUCUCUGGAUAAGGCUGUGUGGAACUAAAAUUUCAAAGCACACAGCUUGACAGUCUUAAAAGUCUUAAAAACAUUAGGUAUUUAAAGCAUGGAAUGUCUUUGAGCUGGAAUUGUUUUGAUUACGGUAUGUUGUGAACAGUGUUAGAAAAUGGAGCCCUACUUUGAAUGAAUGUACAUUUUGAUUUCUUUAUAUGGAUUCUUAUAAAUACAUGACAAGCUUUAAGAGAGUACAUCUAGUUUUACUUUCUGGAGUGUAGAUUAAGCCUUUCCUCACCAGAAUCAGCAGAAGUUCCAUAUGAGGCAGGAGAAAUUCUGUAAAUUUUGUAUUUUCAAUUUGUUUUAUUUCCUCUGCACAAACAUAAAAAAAUAUGUUAAUUCUCUAGUUUGUCUUUCUAAUCAUGCUUGCUGUAUUACUUUUUAUAAUGUGUUGAAACAUGUAGAUGAUCAGAAUGUAGUAAUAUUUUAUCAUGUCAUUAACUUGGACUUGAUAGCAUUUACUGGCUUGACCACUUUCUGUUUUAUGUCAGUAUGUCGUGGUUGUUAUCUGAAACUGUAACUAAAAAGGAUGUAAACUAAUUUCCUCUCCAAUAUUCAGUAAAUUUGUCCAAAUGUGGAACACUGGUCAUCUAUUUAAAAAAAGGGCAAAAGGGUUUGGUUUUGUAGCUUAAAUGGCAGGUGGCUCCUUUUAAAAUGGUUGUAAAUUUGCAGCAUAUAUUUGUAAAAUGCUCUCAUUUCUAUUUUGUCUGUGUGUGUUUAAUUUUUGUUCUGCGUUUGUUUUUAUCCAUCCUGAUUUAAGCUGCAUCAGAUUAUCUACUACACAAGCCCCAGUAUUUUAAGAACCCAAAACCAAAUGUGCCAUCUUUUCCAUAUACUGUUGUUAUUAUUUAUUUUAUUUUUACUGUAUUGCUACAGCAGCAGGUGACCAAGUUUAAAUUGAUCAGUUUUUAAUUGAAGGAUCUUUACUGUUUGGGAAGUUGCUUAUUGUUUACGUAUCCUUUGGAUAUUAUGUAAAUAUUUCAAAUGUGUUUUAACAGCACUCAUUGUUAUUUACUGUUGGAAGCUUAUGAUUCCUAAUGAUGAACUAUUAAAUUAAAAAUAAUAUG